AUGGUUUCGAAACGAGCUGAUCUGCAAUCAAUUCGUGGAAUUGCUAUUGGUGCGGUGCUAGCUUUUCAUUUUUAUCCAAAUUAUUUUCCAAAUGGUUUUCUUGGAGUUGAUCAGUAAGUUUUUCAAUGUUUUCCACCAAAAAACGCAAAGUUUGCAGAUUUUUUGUGUUGUCUGGUUAUUUAAUGUGCAUGAUAUUGAAAAAAUCGAAAAAUUUGAACAUGUUUCAAAUAAUCUGCAAUUUCUAUAUUCGAAGAUUUCGAAGAAUAUUGCCAUUAUAUUAUUUGAUAAUAUUUAUUUCAUUCAUUGCCUUAUAUUCGUUAUUUUCUGUAACUUCAGUUGAAAUCAAUAAAAAAUCAGCGAAAAAUGCGAUGUUGUUUAUUUCAAAUCAAGUCAAAAGUGUAGAAGAUGAUUAUUUCGAAAAAGUCACAUCAUCAAUGGAUAUUUUCACACAUACUUGGUCGUUAUCUGUUGAAAUUCAAUUUUAUUUGCUGGCACCUUUUAUUUUCCUGAUGUCCAGGUCGAAAAUCUCAAUUUUUACCGGGUGUUCCAUCAUAAGUUUCAUUUAUUUUCAAUAUUUUUUGCCUGCAAAUAUUGCAUUUUUGAAUGUUAUUUCAAGAAUUUGGCAAUUUAUGGUUGGAAUGAUUGUUUAUAUUAUUUGGCAAAAAAAGAAGAAAAAUGAACAUUAUCAAAUAUUGGAGUCUGUGGAACAACAAAAGAGCAAGAAAAAUUAUGAGACUGAAACGUGGAUUUUGACAAUUUCAGCGAUUUUUGCUGUAUUUUUUCCAAUUUCAAUUGAUGCUAUUUUUAUGAGGUAUGCAUUUUUAAAAGAUUUGGAGCCAUAAUAGUUUUUGAAAUUAAUAUACAAAAAAAAAUUUGCAGACCAAUUGUGACUAUUUUAACGGGAUUACUUAUUUUAUUAUCAAAUGGAAACAAUAUAAUAUUAUCAAAUAAAAUUCUAAAUUAUAUUGGAGAUAUUUCAUAUUCCUUAUAUUUAAUUCAUUGGCCAAUUUAUUCGUUUUGGAAAACAACUCAACAACAUAAUCAGUUAUUAUUAUUUUUUUUGUUAAUUGUAUCAAUUGGAUUCGCAAUUUUAAUUCAUCAGCUUUUCGAAAAAUGGUAUAUUCAGUUAUCAAAUAUCAAAGUGUUCAUUUUAAUAUUCAUUAUUUUUGCGGCAAAUAUUGCAAUUCAGAAUUACAAUCAAUAUCCAGAAUCGGAAAGUAUUCAAUUGUAUACUGGAAAAACAAAUGUUUCAUUGAAUGAAGUUGAUCAAUAUCCAGAAUCGGAAAAUGUUCAAUUUUAUACUGGAAAAACAAAUGUUUCAUUGGAUGAAGUCGAAAACCAAAAUCGAAAUUGGGAUAUAAGAGAUAUUGCUGAUUUGAGUUAUCCAACUUGUCAUAGAAUAUCUAAUUGGUGUAAUCAUACUGGAUUAAAUUCAACUAAUCAAUACUCAAUUAUAAUGAUGGGAAAUAGUUGGUCAUUAAAUCAAGGUGGAAUAUUGUAUGAGGAAUGUAAACAUAAAUUCAAUUUUUUUAUGCAAGGAGAUCAUAGUUGUUCGUUUAUUUUGUUAAUUUUUAAUUAAGGGAAUAAUGAGAUGCUCAGAUUAAGAAGAGUAUUAUUUGAAAAUGUUCUAGAAAUUCUUCAGAAGAUAUUUUUGGGAUAUUGCUCAGGUUGAACAAAAAAGUAAUUUUUUGCAGCUUGUGAACCAUUAUAUCCAACAAAAGAAUAUUAUUGCUCACAAGAAACAAUCGAAGAUUUUCAAAAACAUGCGGAAGAUUUCAAACCUGAUUAUUUAUUUCAUGUAACACGACAUAUCUCAUAUGGUGAGAAUUAUAAUGGAAGUUUGGAAAAUGAUGAGGUUUAUGCGAAAAUGAAACUGGAAUUGGAGCGAUUGCUCAAAAAUGUUAAGAAGAAGAUUUAUUUUUUAAAUGCAAUUCCAUCACCGCGCACAGAUGAAAUUCCAAAAAUCGUGGGAUAUUUGAGAAAUAAUGUUUCGUUUGUCGAGAUUGAUGUAAGUAUUUUUCACUUUUUUUUUAAAUUCAUACAAAUCUUAUUUUAUUUUUUUUAGAAUAAACUUCUUAAUAUGACAAACUACGAAGGAGCGCGCAAAAGAUAUGCACAAUUGAUAAAAGAUUGUGGGGAGAAAUGUGAAUUAAUUGAUUAUCAUAACAGUUUAUAUCGCAAUGACACGAAUACAUAUCGAUUUUUUGAUAAUAAUGGAUAUGAUUAUUUUACAACUGGUUUGCAUUUGACAAAACUCGGAAAAGAACUUAUUAGACCUGUUUGGAAAAAAGUGUGCGAUAGUCUUUAA